ACGUGCCGAGGGCUCACGUCGCCGUGGUGGACGGUAACACGAACUGCAGCCCCGCAGCCAGGCACGUCCCCGGACCUCCAGGAUACAUUGGAGAACCAGGACCGACCCAUUCCGGUCUGGAAGCUUUGUUAACCUGCAGCUGCAGCAAUCCUGACUGCUUAACUUCGAACUGAAACUGAGAGACGGAAGAAGACCGAGGUGACUGGCUAAGCUACACUGUCGCGGUCUGUCAAGCUAAAGUGAUUAAAAGUGUCUGUGCCUCCGGUUACAAGCACACGCCAUGGAGGAUGACUUGAUGUUCAGCAUGGAGGAGGACGAGGGCAGCGCCAAGAGACCCCCUGCCCAACGCAGUGCCCCCACUCAGCGAGCCUCUUCCCUCAGUGAUGCCAACGCCAGCGACGACGAGUACGAAGACCACUUCAUCUGCCCCAUCCUGGACGACCCUGCUAAAGAAAUCUGCAACUACCUGAAGAAUCUGGUUCACACCCGGCCGCCAAACUCUCUUCCAAAGAGCAACUUUGCGUUCAGGAAUGAAACCGAAACAGAGGCAGAACCUCGCUCGUACAAGGUUUUGUCUGAGAGCGCACGGGACGCGUGGAAACAUGCGAUCGAGAAGGCCAAAGCCAUGCCCGACCCCUGGGCACAGUUUCACCUGGAGGACAUCAAGACUGAGCCCUGCGUUCGUUACAGGUACAACGCCAUCACAGGAGAGUGGGCUCAAGACCAGGUCCACAUCAAGAUGGCUGCCCAGCCGUUCGGGAAAGGAGCCAUGAGGGAGUGCUUCAGAACGAAGAAGCUGUCGAAUUUCUCACACAGCAGCAACUGGAAGUCAGCAUCUAAUUACGUCGCCAAGCGUUACAUGGAGACGGUGGACAGAAAUGUUUACUUUGAGGAUGUCAGGCUGCAAAUGGAGGCCAAACUCUGGGGAGAGGAGUACAGCCGCCACCGACCUCCCAAGCAGGUGGACAUCAUGCAGAUGUGCGUGGUGGAGAUGAUGGAGAGACCAGGUAAACCUCUCUUCCACCUGGAACAUUACAUCGAGGGCAAGUACAUCAAGUACAACUCCAACUCUGGCUUUGUGCGGGACGAGGACAUCCGCCUCACUCCACAGGCCUUCAGUCACUUCUCUUUUGAGCGAUCGGGCCACCAGCUGAUCGUGGUGGACAUCCAAGGAGUCGGCGAUCUCUACACUGACCCUCAGAUCCACACGGAGCAGGGGACUGACUUCGGAGAUGGAAAUCUAGGUGUGCGAGGCAUGGCGCUGUUCUUCCACUCCCACCUCUGUAACAAGAUCUGCAAGACCAUGGGCCUGACGCCUUUUGACCUUUCCCCUGCAGAGAAGUCCCAGCUGGACAGCACCAACAAGCUGCUUAGGUCAGCCCAGACGGUGCUGAGAGGCUGCGAGGAGCUCUGCGGUUCCCCUCGUGUCCGCACCAUGUCAGGAAGCCGGGCGCCGCCGCUGUUCUCCCGCCUGUCCGAGACGUCAUCUGCAGACGAGAGCAUGAGCGACGUGGACUCGGUGCCCUGCUCGCCUCUCAUCUUCCCCUGCUCCCCGCCGGCCGUGCCCGGAUCUGUGGGCAAAUCCCACGUCGGUACGGGGAGUUAUGAACAUGAACGACUCAGUAACAACACGGGUGAACACAAGGACUCUGAUAGCGGCGGGGACAGCGGCUACCCCAGCGAGAGGAGGAGCGAAGGCGACCCGAAUGACCACGUAGACGGGGCCCACCAUCGCUACAAAAGACAGUAUUCUGAGUCGGAUGAGGACAGUGUCAGACGGCUGACGGAGGAGAAAUGGAGCUUCUACCACUCGUCUCGCUCCCACAUCCACCGAUCUUCCUGUGUGGCCACUGAGGUGGAACGACUCAGCGCUCUGCUGCAGAAGAAGAUUGGCCAGUCAGUCCUUGGGAAGGUCCACCUGGCCAUGGUGCGGUACCACGAAGGGGGUCGCUUCUGUGAGAAGGACGAGCAGUGGGAUCAGGACUCAGCCAUGUUCCACCUGGAGAGAGCUGCGCUAUGCGGAGAGCUGGAGGCCAUCGUGGCCGUGGGACGGUGCUAUCUGCAGCUGCCUCAUCACAUACUGCCAGGCAUGGUGCUGGAGGACAAUGCAGGAAACCGGAUGAAAGGUUUUAAGUAUCUGCUGCAGGCUGCAGAGGCUAGUGACAGAUCGUCUAUGAUAACUGUGGCCAGAGCCUUUGAUACUGGGAUCAAUUUGUCAGCUGACAGAAAGCAGGACUGGGAGGAAGCGAUCCACUGGUACGACUGCGUCUUGAACAUGACGGACUACGACGAGGGGGGAGAGUUCGACGGCAUUCAGGACGAGCCUCGCUACCUGCUGCUGGCCAGAGAGGCAGAGAUGUACCAAGUGGGAGGCUACAACCUCACCGCCGACCCACAGAGAGCAGGUGAUCUGUUUACAGAAGCAGCAGAAGCUGCCAUGGAGGCCAUGAAAGGUCGACUGGCCAACCAGUACUACAUGAAAGCUGAGGAAGCCUGGGCGCUAAUGGAGGAGUAAUUCUGGAGGCACAUUUUUUAUCACAAAUGUUAAUGACGAGCCAGGCUGAUUUUUACUGAUUCAGGAUUCAACUUGAAUAGUUACCGUUUACAUCUUUUUUUUUUUUAUUACAGAAUGUUUUUUUUGCCAAUGGUGCUAUGAAUAUGUGUGUGAAUGUGUGUGUGUGUGUGUGUCUUCUUCUUUUCCUGUUUGUGAAGCUAGUCAUCCUGACUCCUCGUUUCUUAAACUUCCUGUCUCUGAUUGCAUUUUGAAUGUGGUUGCAUGAAAGAAGGGCUGAUGAAUCAAAAAAAAAAGAAGAAAAAAGAAAAUGGUUUCCUUUCUAUGUCCUAAAUGUUAGCACACUUAUGUUGGAA